GCCCUGCGUGUGCUGUGAUCCCGGAUUUGGUUGUCUUUGCCCUUCAACUUUUAUGUGUGUGUCACGAACGAGUGGGGUGCCUUUCUUUGUUUUGGACUUCCUCACCCCACAUUGUCCCUCACCGUUGAUUAACACAACCCCGACAACCCUCUCUGUUCUUCCUGCUCUCAAACACAGCAAGCUUCACCCUGUGCUCAUAUUUCCUUGUUCCCUCCCCUUCAGAUCUACAGUUUGAAGAUGGGUGGAACCAACAUGUGGUGAAGUGCAAGAGCUGACAGGCCCCGUUCACUGCAGAGACACAUGUUGUUCCGAUCAGAGCUCAAACUAGUUUCAGUUCUUAGAAAGUGAAACUCAGACAGUCGUUGACACUGAGAGGUGACAUGGCGCAGAAAGGAGUUCAGCUGGACCGGGAAAUCUUGUCUUGUUCGAUCUGUCUGGAUCUACUGAAGGAUCCGGUGACUAUUCCCUGUGGACACAGCUACUGCAUGAACUGUAUUAAAACCCACUGGGAUGAAGGGGAUGAGAAGAAAAUCCACAGCUGCCCUCAGUGUAGGCAGACCUUCACACCGAGGCCUGUCCUGGUGAAAAACACCAUGUUAGCAGUUUUAGUGGAGGAGCUGAAGAAGACUGGACUCCAAGCUGCUCCUGCUGAUCACUGCUAUGCUGGACCUGAAGAUGUGGCCUGUGAUGUCUGCACUGGGAGAAAACUGAAAGCUGUCAAAUCCUGUUUGACGUGUCCAGCCUCUUACUGUGAGAAACAUCUGCAACCUCAUUAUGAAGCAGCUCCGUUAAAGAAACACAAGCUGGUGGAGCCCUCCAAGAAGCUCCAGGAGAACAUCUGCUCUCGUCAUGAUGAGGUGAUGAAGAUGUUCUGCCGCACUCAUCAGCAGUGUAUGUGUUAUCUCUGCCCUGUGGAUGAACAUAAAGGCCACGACACAGUCUCAGCUGCAGCAGAAAGGACUGAGAGGCAGAGAGAGCUCCAGCUGAGUCGACAACAAAUCCAGCAGAGAAUCCAGGACAGAGAGAAAGAUGUGAAGGUGCUUCAACAGGAGGUGAAGGCUAUCAAUGGCUCUGCUGAUAAAUCAGUGGAGGACAGUGAGAAGAUCUUCACUGAGCUGAUCCGUCUCAUGGAGAAAAGAAGCUCUGAUGUGAAGCAGCAGAUCAGAUCCCAGCAGAAAACUGAAGUGAGUCGAGUCAAAGAGCUUGAGGAGAAGCUGGAGCAGGAGAUCACUGAGCUGAAGAGGAACGACGCUGAGCUGAUGCAGCUCUCACACACAGAGGAUCACAACCAGUUUCUACACAACUACCCCUCACUGUCACGACUCAGUGAAUCUACUGACUCAUCCAGCAUCAAUAUCUGUCCUCUGAGCUACUUUGAGGAUGUGACAGCAGCUGUGUCACAGCUCAGAGAGAAACUACAAGAGAUUCUGACAUGGACAAACAUCUCACUGACAGUGACUGAAGUGGAUGUUUCGCUGUCACAACCAGAGCCAAAGACCAGAGCUGAAUUCUUAGAUUAUUCACAGGAAAUCACACUGGAUCCAAACACAGCAAACGGACAUUUGUUAUUAUCUGAGGGAAACAGAAAAGCGACACGUAGUCAACAACAGUCUUAUUCUAGUCACCCAGACAGAUUCACUUCAUAUUUUCAGGUCCUGAGUAGAGAGAGUCUGGCUGCACGUUGUUACUGGGAGGUGGAGAGGAGAGGAGGAGUUUAUGUAGCAGUCGCAUACAAGAAUAUCAGCAGAGCAGGGAGCUCGGAUGAAUGUAUAUUUGGAUACAAUGACAAAUCUUGGGCGUUAUACUGUGAUCAAAACAGUUAUACAUUCUUUUACAACAAUAUCAGAACUCCAGUCUCAGGUCCUCAGUCCUCCAGAGUAGGAGUUUACCUGGAUCACAGAGCAGGUGUUCUGUCCUUCUACAGCGUCUCUGAAACCAGGACUCUCAUCCACAGAGUCCAGACCACAUUCACUCAGCCUCUCUACGCUGGAGUUCGGCUUUACAGGAAUAAUGGAGACACAGCUGAGUUCUGUAAACUCAAAUAGACAAAUGUCAUUUACCUUGCAGUUGGUUAAAAUCUGUAUUUUAAUUCAUCAGUUUAUUUGAACUUCCAUCAUUGCCUCUAAAAGCUCAUUGCUGUUGUGUUUCUGCACUGCACACAGAUCACCUGUCAAUCAAACAUUAUGGGAGGGGCUUUGACCUCUUAUCAUCUAUUGUUGUGUUGAUGUUUAAUUUCAUUUAGGUGCAGCUGGAGCCAUGGAGGAUAUCACUGCUCAGGUUGAUUUUUUUCUUCACCUGAACUCACAUUUCUCCACAUGAAAAUAUAAACUUCUAUUUGCUCUAAAUGUUUGUUGAAUAUUAGUAUUGAUGUAUUGAAACAAACUGGUUGUGUGGAUGAAGUAAAUCUGCUCCUGAAAUCACUGAACAAGAGUCAUUUAACACCAAG